CAAUCAUAACAGUUUGGUUGGGCUUUCCUGGCUUGACAGCUGUCACUGUACGCCGAGGUCAAGGGGAAAGAAGCAUGGCUGCGUUGUUUAGAGGGUCGCGAAAUGUAUUGUUAAGGUGGACUAAGCAUGUCGACCUUGCCUUCGUGUCGUCACGAUCAAUGGCCUCAAAAACACCAGUGGGGUUUAUUGGUCUGGGAAACAUGGGCACUCCAAUGGCCAAAAACCUGUUAAAGAAUGGUUAUCCCAUUAUUGCCACUGAUGUCUUCCCUGAGUCUCGCAAGGAGCUGCAGGACACUGGUGCCCAGGUAGUAGACUCUCCAGCAGAUGUGGCGGAGAGAGCAGACCGCAUCAUCACAAUGCUUCCCUCCAGUCCCAAUGUCAUAGAAGUCUACACAGGCCCAAAUGGCAUCCUCAAGAAGGUGAAGAAGGGUACGCUGUUGAUUGACUCCUCCACCAUUGACCCCGCCGUCUCAAGAGAGAUGGCACUCGCUGCAGAGAAGAUGGGAGCCGUGUUCAUGGAUGCUCCUGUGUCAGGAGGUGUCGGGGCUGCCAGCCUGGCCAAACUGACCUUCAUGGUAGGUGGGGUAGAAGAGGAAUACCAAGCUGCUCAGGAGCUGCUCACCUGCAUGGGAGCCAAUGUUGUCUACUGCGGACAGGUUGGCACUGGACAGGCAGCUAAGAUCUGCAACAACAUGCUCCUGGCCAUCGGGAUGAUUGGGACCGCAGAGACCAUGAACCUUGGCAUCAGGCUGGGUUUGGACCCCAAGCUGCUGGCAAAGAUCCUUAACAUGUCCUCAGGUCGUUGCUGGUCCAGCGACACGUACAAUCCAGUCCCCGGCGUCAUGGAGGGAGUCCCCUCAGCCAACAACUACCAGGGUGGCUUUGGAACCACACUAAUGGCCAAGGAUCUUGGUUUGGCUCAAAACACUGCCACCAACACUAAGACACCCAUCCCUCUGGGUUCCCUCGCCCACCAGAUUUUCCGAGUCAUGUGCUCCCGCGGCUACGCUAACAAGGACUUCUCAUCCGUCUUCCAGUUCCUACGCGAGGAGGAAGGCCAGUGAAUGGAGGGGGUUGUUAACAUACACACACACACACACACACACACACACCAGUGCCCCUUAUCCCACUAUGCUCAGGAGAAACUAAGGCCUUGCCCUCAGGCACAGAUCUGCGGUCCAAUUAACAUACUGUAUGUCGACACAUGUCCCCUUUUUGCAUUAGCUGAAUCAUAUUUUCAGUUCCCUCUGCAAGGGGGAAAUGCUAAAACUGACCUUAGAUCAGUAUCUAGAGACAAAGCAACUCUCCUCCUAGUCUGAGAGGCCAGAGUGGAAAAUGAGAGGUUGGGAUGAGGCACUGCAGGUUUACAUGUAACAAUGCGAAUAAUAUGUGGUUUUUCCGGAUGAUUAAUAAGUAAUAACUGCAUGAUUGUUGAGGGUUUUGCGUUUUGCCUGUUACCCAAAUGACUCGGACCUGUCCUUGUUAAUUAAAAGAGGACAGAAAAAAAUACAAGCUACAGUAAGGAUUCACAUUGUGAUGGACAUUUCUUUGAAGAGACAGUGCAAGAGAGUGCAGAGUUCAGGUUACAGAAAUAAAAUCCCAUAUUCACAGCACUACAUGUAAGGUAACCAAAACUGACCACACCGUGAGCCUAAGGUUUACUUGCUUUGUUACAUUUGUCUGUUUUUGGCAGGAAGAUGGUGUCAUAGUCAUCCUGCCAGCAUACAUAGCUUUCAUUUGUUGAUUUUAUUUCAGUCAUCCAGCUUAUUUUUUAACUUGUUAAUACACUAAAUUGACAGUAGUUUCAGUUCUUUGUAACAUAUAACAACAUUUAAGUCACUGGAUCACUUACUGGAUCGACCAGUUCUGCUGAUUUAAAUACUGUGAUAUAUAUCUGGUUAUUUUUGCACUGUGUGCAUCGCAGUGCGAUGUGCCGGGCCAUUUUGAUACGGUUACAGAAUCUCUUUGAACUUACCUCACUUCUAUACACAAUUCUACUUCUUUACAUCUGCUUAUCGAGCCACUGGAGUAUUAUUUUGUGACCAACACUGUUUUAUACUGUUCACUACAAAAUGUUGUUCCCACUGUCUAGCACUUUCUCUCGUCCGUUUUUACUUAAAGUCUAUCCUCACAUAUUUCUCCUCGGUCUCAGCUUGUACGACAUUGAUGUAAAGUGUAAGUGAGGAAUGGUUCCUCCCUGCUCUGAGCAAAUGUACAUAAUGUAUAUUUCAUAUUGUUGUGUAGUAUUGAAGAGGAAUCUAAAUGGACUGUCACUUUUUUUUUUUUGUAAAAUUCAUUAAUAGUGUCUACAGUUUGUCUUUGCUCUGUGAAACAGAUCCUCAGUCACACUGUAGCCUAAAAUAAAAGAUGUUCUGUGUA